GGCGUUUGCACGUGCUCUAGGCAGUGUAGUCGGAACGAUAAAAAUCGCGUAAACAUUAUAACGAUAUGUGUUACGAACAGACGACAUUCAAUACAGUUUACAAACAGUACUCGACGGCGUCUUGUUCGAGUCAGUUUUAGCUGUAGUGAAGUUCUAACGGACUCAAUCAAUUAUUCCUAGUGUCAAGUGCUCUAUCUAUGGAUGUGCCAGAGAAAUAAGAUAUACUCUGGCGUGUUGGCGAUGCUACGGUUAAUUAAAUUUAACUUCUCAAAAUGUUAGGUGGUCCGCUUAUUUCUGCUGACAACAUAUCAGAAGCGAGUUUUGUGACAACGAUAGAAGAGGCAAGUCAAGUUGACCGGUGCACCCAGACUCCAGCCAGCAAGAACGCCAAGGCACGACUGCAAAGGUUCCACACCAGCGAUCAUCUCUACGAACGAAGCAGACCUUACAGGACCAAGGAGACGAGACCCAAGAGUUUAGGCCUCAGCGAAUCCUAUCCCUAUCUUGGGAAACCACCGAGUUAUGAUGGCGGCAGUCAGGUUAGAUUCAAGGUAUCUGCAGUAGAUAGCCCAACUAUAUCAGUGACUCCGCCGCACAGUCUCGAAUACGACUAUCCAAAGGGUAGCACUCCCAACGGCAGUAUCACCCCCAACAUGUUGGCCAGCAAGUCUACUGCUACCACCGUGCUACUGAGCCCAGGACUCUUGCAGACCCCAUGCCAGUGCAACCAAUCCAUGAGGAGCGUCAGUGAGGUUGCGUUAGCCAUGCCAGCUCCGGGGUGGAACGACGAGGGAGCGCCUGGCUCUGAGCGUCUGUCUUGGCGUAGGCUGCACAUGUCCAGAGCAAAGCUCAAAGCCACCGCGACUACCUCCGAACUACUAUCAGGUUUCGCCAUGGUAGCGAUGGUGGAACUGCAGAUCAACGAGCCCACGAACGUCCCGGAGUGGCUGUUCGUGAUGUUUGCAGUCUGCACCACCGUGCUGGUGGCCGUCCACAUCUUCGCGCUUAUGAUCUCCACGUACUUGCUGCCCAACAUCGACGCCGUCAGCAAGAUGGAGCCCGGAGGACCCACGACGGCUCUGAGGGAUUCCCCGCACGAGAGGAUGCGGGGGUUCAUCGAACUCGCGUGGGCGUUUAGUACCGUGCUAGGACUGUUCCUGUUCCUAGUCGAGAUAGCAAUUUUGUGCUGGGUAAAAUUCUGGGACUAUUCCUUCGCCGCGGCCACUGCAGCUACAGUCAUCGUUAUUCCUGUAUUGAUAGUAUUCGUCGCGUUUGCCAUACACUUCUACCACUCUCUCGUGGUCCAGAAAUGCGAGACAUCAGUGCAAGACAUCAGGCAGUUGGAAAAUAUGAAACGCGAUCUAGACACGGCUACCGUCAAAGUUAAUAUGUACCAUUAACUAAAAGGCAAUAUUUAAUUAUAUAAAAGUGCAAUUAACUGAGGCUGUGCUAAGUUCAUAAAUAGUGUUAGUUACCCUGUAGACUAUAGGCAACAAACUAAAGUGAUAUUAAUUAUUAGUCUGUUGCAAAAUAUGAAGAUCAUUUUCGCCAACUUAAAUGUUAUUUCUUCCAAUUCUUUUAUUCUCUAUUAGUAAUAUUAAAGGGAGAUUGACCAUGAUUCGACGAUAUCCCAAACGUCUUGCUCUGGGGGCGACUAACGUUAUUACUUAUUAGUGAGCAAUUAUUGGCAGUAAUAUAUGUCUACCCCCUUUCUCACUCAUUUCCUGCCUCGACGGCAAUACUGGUUUUAUUUUUGACACGUCUUUAUGUUGACGUUUGAAAUAUCUUCAAACCAUGAAAGUUUUAUUUUCUUACUGUUAGAAAUUAUUACAUAAUAUGAUAAUUUGAAAAAUCGUAACAUAAAAGUAACUAUGGUCAUAGAAAAUCAUACAGCAAUUGUUGCUCUGUAUAAAUAGAUAAUUUAUUCAUUGGCAUGGCGAUUUCGAGACAAACUAAAAUUUCAUCAAUUUUUUUAUUAUAUAAUUUCAAAGCAACAUGUCGUUUUUGAUUAUUUUUUUCUCGUUAUGUUUUAUCAAAUUAUAUUUGUAAAUAUUGGUCUAUCUGAUCUGUGAAUCUAGCCUUUUGAAUUGUGUUGAGUAAGAAAAAUACUUAAAAUGUUUAUUUGUCUCACACAACUUUAUAAAGAAAUUAAAAAUAAUUAAGAACUUAAGCCUGUGACUGUACUGCAAAUGUGUGAUUUGAGUUAUAUUACCUUACGCAACAAUCUGAUCACUUUUAUUCCACUUUUAAUAUUAAGAUAGUUAUAAUAGAUUAUAAAUAGUAUGUUUUAUAAUAGUUUUGCUCUUUCUAAUUCUUGCUUAACUGAACUCAAUUAAUGUCGACUUAAAGGCCAAAAUGUUUCCAAUAAAUUCCAAAUCAGUCUCGAUAUACCUGAGGCACUGCGCAGACGACUAGAUUGUUUCGACUAUAAAAGGUUUUUUUUCUUCAAACAAAAACUUAGUGUAGCAUCCUCUGUAAGUAUUCAACUAUCGUGCCACAGUCUACCGUCUAUGCAUCGCCUUAGAUUAUAACCUGUGGAGUUUGAAAAUUAAAGAUAUUUUGGAUCCUACAAUACAUUAUACAUGUGAAAAUUAUAUUAAAUUCGAAAUGUUUUUAUAAUAAUAUGACUGAAAUAAGAAAAACAGUUACCUGGGUAUUAAAGUUAAUUAAAUUAAGACAAUAGUAAUUCAAUUCUAGUUCGAAAAAGAAUGAGACAUCAUAAACUUGAAUAAAUUCCUAUAUAAUCUGUUUUUAUUUUAUUUUAAAUGGUAAUUAAUGCAUAUAUAUGCCUGUUCAGAAAAGGGCCAUCACCUAUGCGAAUAAAUAAUAUGUUUUACAUUUCUUCUCGGUAGGUGCGUGUCUUCUUAUUGACGUGACAAUCGGGGCGAAAGUGCGUCAUUUAUUAGGUACUUUACAAAGUUAAGGCAUGUAUCCAUUAACAAUGUCUUUAUAAUAUGAAAAUCCUAAAAAAAAAAUUCUAAGGCAUUCAAUACAUAUCGCCAUUUCAAACUGACACCUACUUGCUUAUUUGCUAAAAUUAAAAUAUUUUUUUUUCUCGAAUUAUCAUACUGAUCUUCGAAAUUAGAUCUCAUUUGUUUUCUGCCUGAUGCAAAACUGUUUUUUUUAUUUUGGUUAAAUUAGAACACAUUAACCAUAAUUAUUUAAGACUCUAAAAUUGGACCAAUGUAAAAUUGUUUUAUUCAGUUAAUCUAUUUAUUUAUUGUUUAAAUAUACUUAUAGGAGAUGAAUAUCUUUACAAUAUAAAUGAAAUAAAAUUUUCCGAUAAA